UCACUUUUUGCAGUACAUUCCACCGAGACGGGAUUCGCCAGACGUAAAGGCUAUGGACAAUUACCGGAACGCCAUGCUUGAUGAAGACGUUGAUAACCAUCAGACGAUGGUAAUAGUAGACUUACGUUGCAAUGGAUCGGACCGGCUUCUUGCCAAUGCAGAGCAGCAUCUAUAUCUCAACUACCGCUGGUUACUGAUCGAUUCUACUGAAAAUCCUGCUACAUUUACCAUCGAACACUACCUUGAAGCUUUGAAAGAACUACCAGUUCUAGUCAGCAGUGAGGUAUUCGUGAUGCUUAAGGAGGAUAACAAUUCCAUUCGCUUUGUGCAAGUUUAUCGGGUAAGCCGAUCUACUGAGCUACUUACAGAGAACUACGCUCUUUGGAAGAGAUCAACUAUUGGUGUGGACGUGGGACAGAUGAUCGACUUACGAACGCAGAAGGUUACCUCAGUAAGACGUAAAGAUCUCCGCGGCCAUCCUCUUCGUGCUUCGAUGGUUAUCACCAACCCGGAUACGAUGAAUCAUUUGACGGAUUAUAAGGAUAAACACAUCGAUACCAUCACGAAGGUAAACUACAUCCUGACGAACUAUCUGGCGUCGUACCUUGGUGCCGGGUUGAACUAUUCGCGCGUAACAACCUGGGGUUACUACAACACCACUACCGGCAUGUGGGACGGAAUGAUCGGUGAGCUGGUGCACGAUGUGGCCGACCUCGGGGCAUCUCCACUGUUUUUCACCACCGAUCGCAUUGCCGUGAUCGAGUAUCUGGCGAUGACGUCAGAAACGCGAUCCAAGUUUAUCUUUCGCUCACCGAAACUGUCCUACACGGAGAAUGUGUUUGUGCUGCCGUUUGAUGACAAAGUUUGGAUUUGUGUGAUUGCCGUCAUUAUAACAUCCUCCGUACUGCUGCUCGUAACGCUCUGGGUGGAAUGGCGCAUUGCAAGCGAUGGACCAGAGCUACAGUCCCUUAACGAUGCAUCAACGAUGGACGCUAAUUUACGUGAUACACUGCUGAUGAUGUACGGCGCAUCCUGUCAGCAGGGAUCUUCCGUACUGCCACGCAGCUGCUCAGCCCGCACGAUCACUAUGCUUACGUUCACCGUGCUGAUGUUUCUGUACGCCAGCUAUUCGGCAAACAUUGUCGCCCUGCUGCAGAGUCCCUCGACCAAGAUUCAAACGUUGGAAGAUUUGUUGGCAUCGCGGCUAAAGUUCGGUGUACACGAUACCGUCUUCAAUCGGCAUUACUUUACGCACGCAACCGAACCCACGCGGAAGGCAUUGUACGAGCAGAAGAUAAGGCGACCGUACGGUCCGGAUGCAUUUAUUGCGCUGGAGCAAGGUAUCGAUCGAAUACGGCACGGACUGUAUGCGUUUCAUGUGGAGCAAGGCGUUGGCUAUAAAGUGAUCAGCGAAACGUAUCAGGAGGAUGAAAAGUGUGGACUACAGGAGAUACAAUACUUGCAAGUAAUCGAUCCAUACUACGCAAUUCAGAAGAAUUCAUCGUACAAGGAGAUGGUUAAGAUUGGAUUGUUUCGCUUGAACGAGCACGGUAUACAGUAUCGGGAGAAUGCUAAACUGUACACGAAAAAGCCCACCUGUUCCGGUGGUGGUGGAAAAUUCGUACCGGUCAGUCUGGUCGACGUGGAACCGGCCGUGUGGAUCAUACUUUGGGGCGGUGGACUAGCGAUGGGAUUUUUCCUUACGGAACGCUUCUACAGUCGAUGGAUCCGGGGCAAGAUACGGCGUAUGGUACGGGCCAGAUUAAAACAGUGAACAACGGGCAGCAGCACAGCCAACGAAUGUCAUCUAAUUCAACAAACAGUUUGGCUAUUCUGUUUUUCUUCCGAUUCUAAUCGAAACUGCAUCACCGUCGUGGAAAGGCCAAUCGGAAAGGAAAUGCAGCUAACGUUU